GCCCUGAAUCCCUACUACGCCGCUGGGGCCGGGUCCAAGGAUGCACCUUCGAAGGAAAUCUUGGAGGAGCUGGGCAGCCUUGACAACGGAUUCGCCGUGUUGAAGGCAGCGAUCGCAAUCCUGAAUCGCCACUACCCUGGCAUCAUUGGCAAAGUAUUCUACCUCAACAGUGACAUGGUUUUCUGGGGGGCAUUCAAAAUCUUCUCCCGCUGGAUCGCUGAUCGUGGACACAUUGAGUUCAAAUUUCUGGGUCCACACGGGUGGCGGGAGGAGCCAAUUUCCAGGCUCUUGGACACCUUCGCCCCGGAGCAGCUCUUCGAAGAGUGGGGCGGCACCGGGCCUCAGCUCAACGGCGACGAGUUCUUGGCUCGGGCGAUCGAGCGCUAUGAGAACGAAGCGGCUGCGCAAGAGUUGGUAGCGGCUUCUUGA